AACAGAUAAAAGAAAAUGGGAAUUUCAGUCCAAAGCCUUAUUUUUCAAGUAUUGCUGUCCACAUCAUUUUUGGUCAUUGUUAGCGGUGAGAAAAAGCAAUGUGUGGAUGAGCAGGAUUGGUGCCCAAGGAUUGCUGAGCAUUGCCAAUCAUUAGAGUAUGCUUUAACUUUAAAGACUAUGUGCUUCAAAACUUGCUGGAAUUGUACAGAGCCACACUGUGGUGUUUGCGAACAAAGCUGUACGAAGAACGAAGACAAGGGUGUUAUUACUUGCACGUGUCGGGAUGGUUUUCUACUUGCUUCAAACGGAAAAUCAUGCAAUGACGUAAAUGAAUGUGUUACGUCGCCAUGCAAGGCCGACAGAAAGUGCAUAAAUGAUGUAGGUGGGUUUGUAUGUUCGUCUGCAAAAUACUGCUGGGAUAUUCCAAAUUAUUCCACUAAGAUGUACAAGCCUGACGAAUGUUGUUAUUUAACGGGAGGUAAAUGCGGACAAGAUGGGUUGACACGAUAUGGUGGUUCCACGCCAAGAAGACUUAUCAAUAAAUGGCCUUGGGUGGCGUCACUUUACGUCGGGAAAAAGGUAAAAUGCACAGGCAUUAUCAUCAACGAUAGAUGGGUCGUCUUGCCUUCAGAUUGCAUUAAGUCGGUAAUGAAAAAAUCAAAACUCCAUCAAUUGCGAAUUGGUGCCGGAUUACACGGAUCUAUAUCUUCACCUCAAGCUGCUCAGCGUAAAGUGACAAAAUUACAGAUCAUUGCUACACGUGGAAACUGGGAGUCUGUUACUAUAAUGCAGCUUAAUGAAAGUUUGUCAUUUUCGCAUGAUUAUAUUCACCCAAUCUGUUUGUCGAACGAAGAAACUCCGGUAAUUGGGGAAACUUGUGUGGCUCUAGGAUUUGUACAACGAAAGUCAUUUGAUGGGGUUUACUAUUCUGUGUCAGAGAUACCACUUAAAGUUACAAACAAUUCAAACUGCUUACAACAGUCUGAUUACGAUGGUAUUAAAGACGAUAAAGCAACAAUUUGCUCGACAAACCCAAAUUUGGAUUAUAAAAGUUGCUUAGGAAACAGCGGAGGAUUUUUGGUAUGUCAGCGAAAGAACAGUUGCGAUUGGUAUCUGACUGGUGUAAGAAUCAGAGGAAAAGGUUGUGCCGGACCCCAAGAAGGAUUCACCCAAUUUUUCAAAACGGGAAUAUUUGAGUCGGGGAUUAAAUCAUACAUGAAAUUAUAUGGGCGAUGAAGAAAUCCCACUUCAAUCUAGAAAUGAUAUCGCAGCUGUCACAAAUAUUAAAAUUGUUAUGAUCUUCAUUUAGAAUUAUGAUAAAUUUUUAAUUUAUGCCAAAAUAUUCCAACAGAUUUACUGAAACUUGAUAUUUAAU